UGCUCAUUUUACUUGCACAGGCGCAGCAGAGCGGUGGCCAUGGCUGACCCGGGCUGGAGUACCGACACCGGGGAGGCCGUGUAUCGCUCUCGGGACCCCGUGCGCAACUUUCGGCUCCGAGUUCAUCUCCAGAAAGUCACUUCAAGCAGCCUUCUCUACCAGUCUCCUCCUCAGCUGGUAAAUGACCUUAUAGACAUGGUCACCUUUAACCCACGAACAUCAGCCAGUGGACACUGGAGAGAUGAAGAGGAUGAAGAAGAGGUGGUGAUUGGUUGGCAGGAGAAACUCUUCAGUCAGUUUGAGGUAGACUUGUACCAGAAUGAGACAGCCUGUCAAACCCCGCUGGAUCACCAGUACCACCAGGAGAUCUUAAAUCUGGAGGCUUCUGGGGGCAGGAAGAAUCGCCGGAUCUUCACCUACACUGAUUCUGAUCGCUACACCAACUUGGAGGAGCACAGUCAGAAAAUGACCACCUCCGACAGUGAGGUGCCUUCAUUCCUGGUUGAGCGGAUGGCGAACGUCCGGCGUCGCCUUCAGGACCGACGAGGGCUGAGUACAAGCAGGGAAGGUAGUAUAGUCAAGUCCCGAAUUAUCACCUGGGAACCAUCAGAAGAAUUCAUUAGGAGCAACCAUGUCAUCAACACACCGCUUCAGACCAUGUACAUCAUGGCAGACCUGGGACCCAACAGAAAGCUUGGUCAGAGUAAUUACGAACAAGUCCUCUGUACUCUGAAAGUGGACAGUAAUGGAGUGAUCACAGUAAAACCAGAUUUCACAGACAACAAAGGGCCUUACAGAAUUGUAAUGGAGGGGGAGAAGCAGGAGGUGUGGAAGUACACAAUUAGCAAUGUCUCCUCACCUGCACAGCGAGAGGAAGAAGAGCGUGAACAGCGUGUGUUCAAGGAUCUCUAUGGCCGGCACAAGGAGUACCUCAGCAGCCUUGUGGGUUCCGAUUUUGAGAUGGCUAUUCCUGGCUCCCUGCGCCUCUUCGUAAACGGAGAAGUAGUUUCAGCCCAGGGCUAUGAAUAUGACAGUCUCUAUGUGCACUUCUUUGUGGAGUUGCCUGAUAACUGGUCAAGUCCGCCAUUUCAGCAGCUCUCAGGAGUAACACAGACUUGUGUUACCAAAUCAGUAGGAAUGGAUGAAGUGGCUUACUUCUCUUACCCUUUCACGUUUGAGGCUUCAUUAUUCCAUGAGAAUGAAUUUCUCGCUGAUCUCCCUCAGUGGCCUGUGCUGUACUUGGAGGUCAUCUCACUGGAUUUCUGGCAGAGAUAUCGAGUGGAAGGCUACGGGUCCACAGUUCUGCCCUUAGCACCAGGGUCUCAUACUGUGACAGUCUCAACGUGGAGGCCAGUGGAGUUAGGAACUCUGGCAGAACUGAGGAGGUUUUUCAUUGGGGGCUCCCUAGAACUGGAAGACCUAUCAUAUGUGCGAAUACCAGGGAACUUCAAGGGGAAACGUCUGAGCCGCUUUGGGUUCCGCACUGAGACAACAGGCAGUGUCACCUUCCGCUUUCACUGCAUCCAGCAGUCCAAGGCCUUUUUGGAGCCUGGCUUCGGUUGGAAGAAGAUGCAGAGUGUACUGGGAGGAUUCUACAAGCAAGAUAGUGUUACUAAUGUGCUAGAGGCCUUCCAGCGAGCCCGACGCCGCAUGCAGGAGGCUCGGGAAAACCUUCCUCAGGAUCUAGUGAGCUCCUCAACGCUCUAGCCUCCUAGCCAGCAACAGCCCCAGCUAUGAUGCUUUCUAAGGCCAGGGCUGCUUCUCCUCCAUCCUCCUGUCCUUCCGUGGACCUUGGUCAGCUGCUCCCUGAGAACCAACAACAGCUAUUCCAAACCCUAUGAGACCAUGGGCUGCCCUGCGGCUCGUGCACAGCCUUCCAUCUGUGUCUGUAUCUUGUUACAGCAUUUGCUGGGUUGAGGGCUGCACAGGCAGAGGGACUCUGUGUCGCAGGCUCGGUCCCUCCAGGGAACCCCAGACUGGCACGACCCAAGGUGUUUGGUGAUUCCAUGACUCACAAGGGAAGCCAGAAAGAAAGAAGAGGUAAAAUGAGUCAGGGUAUUCAUUACCAUCAGAGUGCUGCCUCUCUUGAAACCAUCUUCUUUUUGUGACUUCUGCCUCAGGCAAAUUAUGUGUGAUGGUGGGGAGGAUAUGGGAGGGUGUGUGUGUGUGUGUGUGUGUGUGUGUGUGUGUGUGUGUAGGGGGUGAGUAUAUCUCUGUGGUGGGGAGGGUGUGUGUCUGUGAGAAUAUGCAUGGGUAUGUAUCUUACCUGCCAAAUCCAACCUAACUCAUAUACAUUGUUGAGUGCUGGGUUUUUGCUUUUAGGUUUUAAACAUAAAACUUGUUUUUAUACCUUC